GAUGCAUCGAAGCUGCAGCAAAACUUGCGCCGCUGAUUUCUAGAUCACAUGAACGGGAUGAAAGCCUUGUGCUGUUUUUACUUCGUCCAGUUCAUUUGAAAGGAAGAUUUGGUAAACCGCGCAGGUUCUGACAAGACAAGAAAUUAUUGAUUUGCAGGCCUUUAUCUCGCGCCUUCACAGUAUCCGCGUACACGACCCUCGAGCCUGAUACAGUGAAAUAUUGCACGAUGCCCAAGUCAAAGGAAGUUCUGUCAUCUACUUCUGGCAGUGCCAGUGCCAGUGACUCAGACAGUGAGGCUGAGACCAAGGCCAAGAAGAGAAAGCAAGCAGCGCCAGAGAAACUAGCAGCUAAGAAACCGAAAGGAGGGGAGAGUUCCAAACCCGGUGGAACCUCCAAGGAAAGCGGCAACAAGGACAAGGAUGACAACAAGUUCCAGAUUGGGAAGAUGAGGUAUGUGAGUGUUCGUGAGUUCAAAGGCAAGUGUCUGAUUGACAUCCGUGAGUACUGGAUGGACCAGGAGGGAGAGAUGAAGCCGGGCAGGAAAGGUAUCUCACUAAACCCAGAGCAGUGGAACCAGCUGAAGGAUCAAAUCUCUGAGAUCGACGACGCUGUGAAGGCGAUAUAAGAGGGAGGCCUCUGGCUGCCUGGGAUUUACCAUCCACAACCAUACAUUCUGUUUGUGUUCUUAACUUUGCCACCAUUUUUUAUAUUGUUAUUGAAACAUUUUUAAAGGAAGAGACCCACAUUUUUUAAGUGAACGACCAAGACAACAUUGUGUAUAUUUUAAGGUUUAAGUUUCUGUUUACUUCUUGUGCUGUGUUUGAAAACCCAAUGUAUGUUAUGCUUGUUGAGUGCUUCAGAUGUAUGUGUGUUUGUGUCUUACUGGGUUUGCUAUAAUAAGUAAUCAAUAAAAGCCAUUUAAAGGGA